GUAGAGCAGUUUGUGAAUAUUAAGGAAAAGGGGGAUCCUUUGUUCCAUAGUCACAUAAUGGACGUAUCAUCGGCAAAAUGGUUUUCAUAUUUGGGAUUAGAUGAUUACAACUUCAUUCAUGAAGGGCUCACAGAACAGGACAUAGCAACUGCACUUGGGGGAAAUUUCAAGAAAUCUUUCUCUAAUGAGAGUUAUUCCUCUUAUCCAACUUUGGCUACCCAAAAUACCACUACAAGUGGUGGUUCAUCUAUCAACGAGACUAAUUCCCAGACGAGCUUUGAGAGACCAGCCAAACUGGUUAAGACCAACGGCUGGAACUCUGGUAUUACAGAACAUUUUUCACCAAAGCCUUCUUCCAAUUCUUCUUCCUCCCACAUUCUUUCUUUCGAGAACGCAAAUUUGAAUUCUUCACCACCUUCCAAGCCUCAUCAGCAGUUCCCUAAUGGUUUUGAUACCACCCUGAAGCCAAAAGAUGAGGUACCAUCCCAAAUAUGUAUGCAGUUUGAGAACCAAGCGUAUGGGACUAAUAAGAAGCCUUACUCAAUGACUAGAACACCUUCACAUGCUCAAGACCACAUAAUGGCUGAGAGGAAGAGAAGAGAAAAGCUCAGUCAGAGAUUCAUAGCUCUGUCUGCCAUUGUUCCUGGCCUAAAAAAGAUGGACAAAGCUUCUGUUCUUGGAGAUGCAAUCAAGUAUGUGAAGCAGCUCCAAGAAAGUAUCAAAGUUCUUGAGGAACAAACCAAGAUAAAAACCAUGGAAUCCGUGGUGUUCGUGAAGAAGUCUCAGCUGGUCUCUUCUGACGAUGACACUUCUUCAUGUAACGAGAACUUUGAUGGUUGCAGCUCUGAUGAACCACUCCCACAGAUUGAAGCAAGAGUUUCAGAGAAGGAUGUAUUGAUUCGAAUUCAUUGCGAGAACCAGAAAGGAUAUGUGGUGAAAAUUCUAAGCGAAAUAGAAAAUUUUCAACUAUCUGUGGUUAAUAGUAGUGUCUUGGCAUUUGGAAAGUCCACUCUAGACAUAACCAUUAUUGCUCAGAUGGAUGAUGAGUUCAACAUGACUGUGACGGAUCUUGCCAAAAGCUUGAGAGUGGCUCUGUUGAAGUUCAUGUGACAUGCAAUGGGGCAUGUUCAUAUGUUCU